AGAGCCACAUCUAUUGCAAGCAAGCGCCCUGCAUUACGCACAACGGAUCACGGUUUCUUAACAUUUUCUGAUCAUUUUUCAAUUUGUAAAAUUUGUAAAAUCGAACAAAAUGUGGAGCAGUGUUCCAAAGCAUCCCAAACGAAGUCGAUUCAGUGUUUCUGAAGAUUUGGAGGAGAUGGAUACGAGUGAAAGUGACGGCGAAAGUGAUCAACUUUCUGGGUUGGAGAGCGCUGAUUCAAUGUCUGAAGCAGCAUUUGAAGAUGGAUUGGAUCCUCUUCAGGAUUUUGAGGACACUGAAGAAAACCCUCCCCUCUCAACAAGCGAGAGUUUUGAUGUUUCUCAGCAGAAAAGGAGACGAUCCAUUCCCACCCCUCUCCCUUAUAUCACCUCAAGCAUGCCUGCAAGACCAGUUGAGAGCAGGCAGGCAAGCACACCCACCCCCACCCCCACCCCCACAACCUCAGACCCUGAGGAGAGGUGGAAAUUUGUAACUGAGGAUGACGUCGAACCUGUGCAGCACCGCUUCUGUCCUGCACGAGCACCUGGAGCACAACUGGAUACUUCAAAAAAGUAUUCCCCGCUAGACCUCUUCCAGCUUUACUUCAGCAUGAACGUCGUUCAAUCUUUGUGUACAAACACAAAUAAAAAUGGAAAAAAGCAGCAGGCCCAGGGGAAAAAAUACCAGUGGGAUCCAGUUUCAAUCAAGGAGCUCUACCAGUUUUUAGGAAUCCUAAUUUUCAUGGGGCUACUGACAACUCACACCGUGAGGGAUUACUGGAGUCCACGUAGGCCUUAUGGAAUCCCAUUCUGUCACACUGUGAUGUCCAGGAAGAGAUAUGAAGCCAUCGCUUGGACUCUGCACAUAAGUGACCCAGAGGAAGAUAAAGAGAAUGAUCAGAAGAAAGGAACUCCACAACACGAUCGCCUCUUCCGUCUCAGACCCCUCUUGGAUUCCCUCCUCCUGUCCUGCAAGGCAUACUACCACCCCCGACAGAACCUUUCAAUUGAUGAACGCAUGGUGGCCUCAAAAGCCAGGAUCGGGUUCAAGCAGUACAUGAAAGCAAAGCCGAUAAAAUGGGGCUUCAAGCUGUUCGUGCUGGCUGAUGCCCACAACGGGUACACAUGUGAUUUCAACAUCUACACAGGAAAAUCCAAAUCAGAUUCUGGGAAAGGACUGAGUUAUGACUCCGUUAUGAACCUCAUAAAGGUGUCAUACUUAGGCACAGGGUACCAUGUGUAUGUUGACAAUUUCUACACCAGCACAACACUGUUUCGGGACCUUUACAAGCUCAAAUUUGGAGCAUGUGGGACCAUUAGAGAAACUCUUCAGGGCUUCCCACAGACAAAAGAAAACGCCCUCCCUAAAAAAGCUGAUAGGGGGACAAUUCGCUGGAUACGAAGUGACAAACUGCUGUACACCAAGUGGAUGGAUACACGUGAAGUGACGAUGUGCAGUUCCAUUCAUAAAGUGUACACAGGAGACAAAGUCCAGAGACGGGUAAGGAAUGAAGAUGGGACUUGGGGAAUGCGGAAUGUUCCUGUUCCUACUCCUGUAAAGGCCUACAAUCAGCACAUGGGAGGAGUGGAUUUGUCAGAUGCCCUUAUAAAAUACUACAACAUGGCACAGAAAACACAAAAGUGGUACAAGAAAAUUUUUUAUCAUUUCAUUGACAUUGCUGUUGUCAACAGUUUUUUGCUUCAUAAGGAAUUGGCACAGGCUCAAACUACAAAGGCACUUUCACAGAAAACGUUUAGAGAGGAGCUAUGCAAGCAGCUGGUGGACAUCAGGCUUGUGGAGCAGGAGGCCAGUGUGAGUACAGGUAAACUCUGUGUCCCUGUAGCCAUUACAGAGGGCAAGGAACUCGACCCCUCCAUGAAGUCCUCCUUCGGGCGUAGACACUGUGCUUUGUGCAAUGAAUGGAAACUCAGGAACAAAACGCCCUGGAAAUGCGAAGCCUGUGAUGUGCCAUUAUGUGUCAUUGUGGACAGAAACUGCUUCAAGAAAUGGCACAUGCGUUAGGAAAAAAAGACUUUAUAGCAGCUUAGGGAUGUAAGUAGUUCAUUUGUUCAUUUUGUACAGUUCGUGGUGUUAUUAGGUUUUUGUUCAGUUGUAUUCGUUGUUUGAAAAAGAAAAUAUUUAUACUUCGUUAUUUUGCUUCUUGACAUUUACAUACUUUCAAGUGAGUAACAAAAAUACAGAAUCAAGUACUGAAAAUUCAGAGCUUCAGAAAAGUCUCAGUAGCAACAUUCUCCUGCACAAACAGACAGUUAUGUGAGAGCAAUGUGCCUGACAGUUGUGGCAUAUGGAUUGAGAGGAUUUGUCAUGAAUACUCAUCAUGGAUACAUUUCGGGCACCACAAAGCUCUCCAAAAAGGCCAGCUUUUGAAUGAAAUAUUGGACAAAAAAAAAAAAAGAGGAUUACAAAAUCUAAUUCAUGUGGCAAUGGAUAGCAUGUGAGGUGCCAGAAGUUCACAUCCCUUUUAGAACUUGCUCAAGAAACUAGUGUAUCACUGGACAUAAAGAUUUACACAAUGUUCAUUUUUGGAGAGGUUUGGAGAGGUUUGUAAAAACUCCUGUAGAAUUUGAUCCCUUUGUUCAAACAGUUCCAAAUUUACCCAGUAUAGUAGACAUGUUGGUGAAGCACUGGAAAAAAAUCUGGCUCUUUUCAUAUGCUACAAGUUGAAAUAAUGACUAUAGAACAUAAAAAAUGAAAAGCGUUUGUUGUUUUUUUAUGUAUUUUUUCUGGAUAUCUCCUUCCAGUGUGGUACUGAGUAAGACUUUUAUCACACCUGAGGUUUUAGUCCUGAUGCCCAAGGGGUUACCUUGAAUUCAAGCCCUGAACCAUGCCUGUGCUGUCUAUACUUUAGAAGAUAUUGUGAUUUAUUUAAGGGCACAGCCCCCCAGGCGGAAAUUGCCUGUGAGGGGCUGGGGUUUUAACAAGUUAAAUGCAGAUUCAGUGCAGACUCUGACCAGUUUAACCAAUGAUCUUUUAAGAAUGAGCUCUGUGAACGCACGCAUUGGAUAAAUCGGUCAGAGUCUGCACAGAAUCUGCUCUGAAUGAUCCCCGUGAACGCGCUCAAAAAUCUUCUAUCAGCCGGACACACGCCGUUGCACAGCUGUGAAAACAUUUUGUAAACUAGUCUCAAGUAUGCUACCCCCGUUUGUAGUUAUUUUUUUGACUUACUGAAAUACCGGGCUGCAUUAGGAAAUGCAUCACAGCGUCUUUCAAUAUGGAGAGUGCUGAAUUAACGUCAUUGUGUUUAAAUGCAUUAAUCAACCUCCCACAAAACUAUGUUAUUAAUGAGGAAAUAAAUGAUUGACACAACAUUAUAUGUUGUUGAUGACAUUAAGAUCAUAAUCCCAUCAUGAUGAGAUAUAUUAUAUAUUUUAUGUGAAAGCAUAUAGAAAACUGUAUAUUUUGUGAUUUUCCCUGUAUUUUAAACACAAUAUUAAUAAAAAAUACAGUCACAAAACACAAAUUACAAAAUACAAUCACAACUCUAAGUCGCCCUGGGUAAGGGCGUCUGCUAAGAAAAUAAAUAAUAUGAGCUACCCAGUGUCCCAAUGAGGAAACCCCCGGCCAGAUCCUUAAAAGCACACCUCACCUGCGAGAGCUACCCAACUGGAAACUUUACAUCGAUUGCUUACGAAUGUAGCAGCAGAAACGACAAUAAGAAGAAGGGAGUUCCCAUACGAGACCAGUAUGUCUGUGUUACCAUGUAGACAUAACAAUGCAAGUCUAAUACUGACCAGACUGCACUCAGCUACCUCCAGACCCUCAUCUCUCCCUACACCCCCACUCGACCUCUCCGCUCCUCCUGCACUAAAAGACUGGCUCUACCUCCUUUACGCUCCCCUGCCUCCAGAGCCCGCUCCUUCUCCACCCUCUCUCCGCAGUGGUGGAAUGACCUUCCUACAGAUGUCAGGACUGCCCAGUCCCUGACCACCUUCCAGCGCCUCCUCAAGACUCACCUCUUCAGACAGCACCUGUAGAACUCCUCUGUUUUUUCCCUCUGAUCACUUUAUCACCUUCCUUAAUGCGAUUUACUUGCUCUUAUCUGCCCCUAUUUUACUGCAUUUAAUCCUGUACUUUAGAGUACUGUAAUCUGUCAAGUGUUAUUUAAUCUGUAGUAUUUUGUAUUUAAUUAUAUCCUGAUGUAACUAUCACUGACACUGUUAUCUGCUCUGAUAUUGAAUCGUAUUUUGUCACACUUGUACUUGCUAGAACCAAAGUCAUUGUAUUUAUCUUGCUCUUAAUUAUAUUAAUACUUGUACUGUGAUUCUUGAAAUGUAUUUUUGUUUAUGACUGUAAGUCGUCCUGGAUAAGGGCGUCUGCUAAGAAAUAAAUAAUAAUAAUAAUAAUAUUAUUAUUUUGCAGUGAAUGCAGGGAGAGGGCUGCCUGUAUGAACAGAGACUUGCAUGUUUCAAACAUCCAUUUGAAGCCCCCCAGGUUUGUUAUUAUUAUUAGUUAGUCCUGCUAUCGUGCAUUGUUUCCAGGACAACAGUUUACACGCUUAAAAUAUUUUGAUUUAUUAGUGACGUAAUAAACAGGACAGAGGGUCAUAUUUGCUAAUCCAUAUCGACCAGAUGCUGAAAUCCAUUGAGAAUAAUGACCACACACCUUUUUAGCAUUUUUGAAGGGCUAUUAAUUUAUCAUCUUUAGGUCUAACAGGCUGGAAGUUGGUACAGACUACCCUUGUGUACAGUAGAUUGUGCAUACUGAAUCUCUGACCUGUAGCUUCAGUGGUUUGGCUGUAGGACCCUCCCAUAGAACCUUGAAAAACUCUUAUGAAAUACUACUCGUUUUCUACCUUCUUUACCCUAAUUCAGCAACCCCUUGGCAUAGAAACACCAUUCAAAGUGUUCUGACAUCAGAAUGAUGCUCUGAAUACGUGUGCCAGAUAUCAGAAAGAUCAAUACUGUAAUACAAAUGUUAUCUAAAAAAAACUGGAAAAUACAGACUACUUUGUUAGGCUUCAAAACGCUAUCUAUGUAUGGUUGCUGAGAGAGUUCUGGACGGUCUAGAAAGCUCAGCAAAGAACCUCUCUUUUAUCUGGAUGUCAGAUUCCAAAUAUGUGUGUAAACCCAGCCAAUGUCAUGUGAAUCGUGUGCUGUUUGGCCCCAUUUUAUUUUUUUCACUGAACUGGAGUUAGAAUGUGGAGGUUGUAGUCUUUGUUUAAAUACAGCCAAAGAAUUGCAAUUGCUGAUAAUAAUAAUAAUAAUAAUAAUAAUAAUAAUAAUAAUAAUAAUAAUAAUAAUAAUAAUCAAACAUGCCAAAGUGUAUUUGGUCCUGCUGCUUGGUGAUCGCCUCUAAAUCCUGCUUUCCAGAAGCAGAAGGACACUUGAGCUGGAUGCCUCUGGGCAUGCCCAUGGCCACCAGCCUCCCUUCACUCAGCACUUUAUAGGAGCUCCUGCCAGAGGUUCCACUCGCGAUUCCUAACAGAUAACACGGCAGGAAACACGUUUUAUUGUAAAACAC